AUGCGUAAACCAAUCCAUACCGACCCGCGAGACUCACUCGACGCGCCUGACUCUCCAAUGCUCACAAGCCCGCUUUCUCCAUUAAGCCUUAAUACCUCCGCGCCCGCCUCGCCCGCUAUCUCCCUCUUCUCCGCCGCCGGCCACGGCCACAACCGCGUCUCCAGCUCCGUUUCCUCUCUCGUAUCCUCCACCGGCCUGGGAAACUCUAUGGACAGCCCGAGUCGGAGUCACCUUACUGGUGUUAAAGAGGAAGAGUGCUCGCGCGACUCGCUGGAAGAUCACUAUUUCCAGCACUUUGACUGCAACAUGUCAGCCCCCGCCGACGAAACCUAUUUCCCUAUGGAUCCCCAGGACAGCUAUGAUCUUACCGAUUGUGGUGUGGGAAUGGACCUGCAGUUGCGAGAGAAGCGUACCUCGGAUACUCCAUCGAUGAAGGGUGUCUCGCGCAUCGGCUCGCACAUUUCGACCAUGUCGACCCGUUGGAAAUCCAAGCGAGCCUCCGGAAGCCCAGAGCGCGAUGCUUACCCGGACGAUCUCCGCUCGCGCGCCAACUCAGCUGCUUCAUCCGCCUUUGCCAGCCCAGUCGUCAGUCCCAUCAGCCGACUCGACUCCAUCCCACCUUCACCUGCGCGGACAAUCUUCGAGGAGCGCCUUAGCGAAUCAGGCGCUCGACCAAUCGAAAUCGUCCACGCCAAUAGCAAUGGUCUUAGCGAAGACGACAACGACACGCAGCAAGCCACGACUCCACUGCUUCCCCCAUUUAUGGGCGAUGACCCUACCAGUAUUGUCGCCUCGCGCGUGCAAUCCCCGCUCCAAUCCCCCUCCGUCGCAGACGUGAGCGACUGCAGCCUUCGUUGCAGCGUGACCUCCAACUUCAGGAUCGCAGGAAUGGGAGUCCCAUCACCCCCACUUUCCUCGAAACCGUCCGUUGCCUCAAUCAGCCGGCCACGCGCCAGCACAUUGCGCACUGUCUCCGGCGACGCCAGCCCGGCCCCUUUCACCCUUUCCUCGCCAUCGGAUGAAUGGGCCAACAAACUAGGCCACGCGAAUUUCACCAUCGUCCCGGAACCGUACGUCCCGGAGACCCGCGACAUUGAAUCUUUCCACCAACUACGCGCAGAUUGGGACAUGGCCCGCUGCAAUUUCGCAAAGCACCUCGUUCGCACGGGCGAACAUUACGGUGUCACAUCAAAUAUCUACAAACUCACCAUCUCGAAAUGGGAUUCCAUCAACUUGGCCUGGAAAUCCGAGCACGAGGCCCUCCUCGCCGAUCUCGGCGCCGAAGACCGCGUCGCGCUCACUCUGACCCAAAAUCCCAGCCCUGCUGAAUCAUUUCCCGAAAUGGGCGACGAGGAUAUCGUGGGUCCGAUGACUGUUGCGCCGGCUGGAGAGGGUGGAUUGGGUCCUUGUGGACCCAAGUCCAUUAAGAAGAACUUCUUUCGCUUUUUCCAGGACCUUGUUUCAAGGACUUGA